CCCAUUCGCGAAUGGUUUACUACACUCUAUGACUAACUAUUGACUUUUCUAACUGUCAUUUAAUUUGCAAGUUUGAGAUCUUACUGUAGCGUCAAAUUUUAUUGUUUUGAUAUUUUCUGUAAUCCUAAAAAAACUCUAAGGCUGUUUUAUUUUUAAUCAUGGAAGUUAAAGAAUGCAACGAUUUGUCUGAAGAAAAUCAAUUUAUUGUAGACGAUGUGAGUAAAAUUAUAAAAGAAGCAAUUGAAAACUCUAUUGGAGGCACGGCUUAUCAACAUAACAAAGUUAAUCAGUGGACUUCUGCUGUUGUGGAGUCCUGCUUAAGUCAACUUACAAAACUACAAAAACCUUAUAAAUAUAUAGUUACUUGCACAAUUAUGCAGAAGAAUGGAGCUGGUUUACACACAGCAUCAUCAUGCUUUUGGGACAACAACACCGAUGGCUCAUGCACAGUGCGUUGGGAGAACAAGACUAUGUAUUGCAUUGUAUCAGUUUUCGGCCUUGGAAUAUAAUAUUUUAAAAACAAAAACAUUUAUGUUGAUCUGUUAACACACUGUCUAAGCACAUGUAUUAUGCAAAUUUCUAAAGUUUAAAAUAAAGUCUUGCUUUAAAAUAGAAUAUUAUGUUACUUUUUCUAUAUUAAAAGAUAUAUUAGUUUUUGCACUCAAGUAAAUAACUUAUAUAGAUUAUAUAAGGUUUUUUCACUUUGGCUCAAUGUUACUUUUAACUCUUCUUGAAAAAACUUGAAUAAAUAUUGAGAAAUCAUAAAAAUAUUGCUCUACUGCUUAUAAAAUACUUAAAAAAAAUAUUUAAAUCUUGCAUCACCAUUGGAAAUUAAGUAUAAUAGUCAUUACUUAAUUUUAAGUAAGUAGGAUAUAUUUUCGUACACAAUAAAUAUAAUUGGAAAAAUGGGUUAGUUUGAUUAAAAAAAAAACAAUUAUAAAACUUCAUGAAUGUCUAGAUAAAUAUAAAAAUGUAUCAUCUAUAUUAAAUUUAGUGCAACAAUGUAUUAUCGAUAGGUUAGUACUUAGUACUUAGAGGUAAUAUGUUUCUGCUCUUAGAAAAACAAGUCUUUCAAUAUGUUUUGUGAUUAGCCUCAACUUCUCUGACAUAUUAAAAUAAAGUUAAUAACAACACU